UGGCCGUUGCUAAUAAACCCUGCGCCUCUUCCCACAUUCCAUGCUUGAGUAGUUCAGUGACUACUGUACUCUUCAGCUCUCAAAUUCGAACCAAGAAAAGCGCGGGUUCGAAGAAUUGCUCUUGGCUAGGGUUUCUACCCUGUCCGGAUUUACUCCAAUGGCGACACCUGCAAAAGCUAAUGAUGAAGUGACUGUUGAUGCUUCGCUUUGGUGGGAGCCCUUCACUGAGUUGCUUACUGAACUCGAAUCUGUUUCUCUCUCCUCCGACCUCCCUCCUCUUCUGGAGAAGAAGAUAAAGGACAACCAUGCUUGUUUUUUGCACACAAUUUCACUAUUUAAGCCACCAAAUCAAAAAUCAAGAGACGCUUUAGAUGCGGGACGACUAAAGAUUGGUCCACACCAGAUUACAGUAGAAACUGAUAAAAAAGCAGCAGCCUUGAAAAUUAGUUCUGCUAUGUGUUUAGAUGAGGUGCAGUCAUAUAUUCUUGUUCAUAGAACGAGUAAUCAAAAAAGUAUGGUUGCUGAUAGUGUGUUUCGCGAGCUUUCUCAUUUGGUUAUGCUUCAAUAUUAUAUGGAACGGCAAUGUCUCUUGAAGUGCACGCGGCUGAUAAUUACACAAGCUUUAUAUAUUCCGACAAUAUCUGAAGAUGCGUCUAUUGUGAAUGAGGCACAGAAAUUGAUUUCUGAGGGACUAGACACGAAGUUGCUUUCUGUUCUGCAGGAGAAUCUGGCGGCCAGCUUUUCUGAGUACAUGGAUGUUGACCUUUAUACUUUGUGGGCUGAGGAAAUAGUAACCGAAGACAAUCUGAUAUUGGAUGUUCUUUUCCUCAUUUUUUAUGAGUUCAACCCCUGCACUGGUGAGCUGUGGAAAAAAUUGUGCUCACUUUAUGAGGGAUUCAUUUCAAAUUCUUAUAAUUUCGGGAAGCUGGCCGUAUCAGCCGAAGCCGUUUCCUCCAUUUAUCAUGCCAAAGUGCAGCUGCUGCUUAUCCUCAUAGAAACUUUGGAUUUGGAAAAUCUUUUGCAGAUGGUUCAUGAUGAAACUCCGUUCAGGCAGGGCCAUGUUACUUUUUCAUUGUCCGAGGUGCAAGAAAUCGAUGCUAUGGUGUCCACUUUUGAUGUAUUUGAGCAGAAAGAAUCAGGACCAUUGACUUUGGCAUGGGCAGUUUUCCUCUGUCUAAUUUCAUCUCUUCCUGGAAAAGAAGAAGAUAAUAUACUGAUGGAGAUAGAUCAUAUUGGUUAUGUCCGUCAAGCUUUCGAAGCUGGAUCUUUGAGCUUUUUUCUUGAAAUUAUUGAAAAUGAUGUACUGAGGGAUUUUGAUGGUCCUAUUGUUGGUCUUAGAAGCGUUUUACGGACAUUUAUAUCAGCAUUUAUUGCCUCUUAUGAGAUCAAUAUCCAGUUGGAGGAUGGUAACCUGAAAUUGAUAUUGGAUAUUCUUUGCAAAAUUUAUCAAGGAGAGGAGUCCCUCUGUACUCAGUUUUGGGAUAGGGAUAGUUUUGUUGAUGGUCCGAUCAGGUGCCUUCUUUGCAGCUUGGAGGGUGAAUUCCCUUUUAGAUCGGCUGAACUUUUACAGUUGUUAUCAGCACUUUGUGAAGGAGCAUGGCCUGCAGAAUGUGUAUUUAACUUUCUUGACAAGUCCACUCGAUUGUCAUCUCCUGUUGAUAUCAGUAGCUGUUUGAUAUUGGAUGAUGCUUCUCAGACUGUUAAGGUGGUCCAACCAUUACACCUUCCCGGUGUUGAGGGUCUGAUCAUUCCUAGGGGAACCCAUGGUCAUCUGUUAAAAAUGAUCGAUAGGAAUACUGCUCUAGUGAGAUGGGAGUUUUCGCGAUCUGGGGUUUUCGUGCUUCUUUUGCGUUUGGCCCAAGGGCUGUACUUGGAGAAAACCAGUGAAUUCCUUCUGACUCUUCGGUUGCUCAGCCGACUUGUGACUUUCAACAUGGGUGUUUGUUCUGCUCUUCUGGACCUUGGUGGUGGCUAUAUGCAUGAUGAGAUGAACUCACCAACAGAAAACUUGCGUCUUAAUGUGGCCGAGAUCGUUUGUGCUUGGAUCAAGAAUUUAUCUCCUAAUUGCUCUGAUGUGGUGUCGAUGUCGAUGGGAGUUAACAUUUUGGCAAAAAUGUUAAAAUGCUCACCGUACCAUGUUUCCAGAUUGAUAGUCCAGGCGAAUAUCUUUGAUGUUGCGUUUAAAACAAAUCCUUUCAGAAUUGGCUCCAAUGGCUUGUCGAGUGGAUCGUGGUUGCUUUCUGGUCGGCUCUCAAAAAUGCUUUUGAUCGACUGUGAGCAGAAUGAUUGUCAAUUGACUCUUUCAGUGCUUGACCUCACCAUGCAGCUUGUGGAUGCUGGAAUGGAAAAUGAUGUUGUCCUUGCACUUGUCAUUUUCUCCAUUCAGUAUGUCCUUGUUAAUCAUGAAUUCUGGAAUUACAAAGUCAAGCAUGCUCGCUGGAAGGUGACUCUGAAGGUGCUUGAAGUAUUGAAGAAAUGCAUUCUGUCAAUUUCAAAUAUCCAGAAACUUGGUGAAGUGGUCAGGGAUAUUUUACUUGGUGAUUCUUCAAUCCACAGUGCACUAUUUCGACUUGUUUGUACAACUUCAGAUGGCCUGGAGAAGCUCUAUUUUAGCCGACUUUAUGGGCUGACAGAAAUCGAAGGUUUACAACAGGCAAUUGUCUUGGGAUUGGAUAUUCUUUCCAGUAUGCUUUCUGAUCUCUCAAGGGAUGUGCCCAAUUUCACUGUCUUUCAUCAGGCAAUCAUGUCAUCGACGACAAAACCAGUGCCUGUGGUUACUGCAGCGAUAUCAUUGAUGUCAUUCUUCCGAAAUCCUAAGAUACAGGUGGGUGCUGCAAGAGUGCAAUCCAGAUUAUUUGUUAUUGCAGACGACUCGCAAUCAUGUGCGCUUAGCAAUGCAUAUUUUGGUCUGGAUGACAAGCAGAUCUAUAAUUUUAAAAAUACGAUUUGUAGCAUUCUUUGUCAAGAGAAGGUAGAAAGUGAGGAUCUCAUAAUUGCUACUUUCAAGAUGCUUGCUUCUGCUGCACGUUAUCAGGCUUCUUUUCUUACCGCUGUGAUUGCUUUGAGAGAAAAUCCAAUUUCUGAAUCAUGCAAUGGUGACAAUCAACCUGGAGACAAUGAUGCAUUGCAGUGCAAUUCUGCAAAUAUAUUAGAUUCCAUAUGGGUUUAUGUUAAAAGAGCUGAUGAUCUUGUGAUGACCAAAUCACAUAUACUGUCUAAUAUGCUAAACUUCCUAAAUGCAUUAUGGGAAGGAGCUGCUCAUUAUACAAAUCUCCUGAAGCAGCUGAGAAACUCAGACUUCUGGAAAAAGCUAUUGAAUUCUGUUGUGCUUUCUAUUGGUAAGAAUAGUUGCCAAUCUGAAAGUGCGACUAAAUUGGAGCUUCAAAAUCUGGUAUACAGAUAUCAAUGUCAACAUAAUGUAUUGGAUGUAGUGGCCUAUGAGAUGUUCCUGCAGAAAAAUAUUUUACAUUCUGAGUUGGUCAAAAAAGAAUCUUCCAAAUCAUUACAUAAUGGGUCUGAUGGCUCUAAAGUACCAACACCUGAAAGUGCAUCUAACCUGAAGGAUAUUUUUGGAGUGUGGUGUGGGAGCUCAUUGGAUGCGGAGACUAUCAAGAUGUUUGUUUCAUUUGAGUAUGAUGAUUCUUUAAAUCUGCAUGCAAGGCCUCAAGGGUUGGUGGCAAGUAAGAAGCUGAGAAGAAGAGCAGUUCUCACUUCACUGGUUGUUGAGGUUGCUGCUGGUUUAUUUGCUGUGCGGGUGAUGUGUAAAGUGAAAAGCGGUGAUAGAGGAAGUUUGUCUGUUUCACUUAUCGAUAAAGUUACUAACUUGUGGCAAAAGUUGAGGAAGUUACCAGCCUUUUCUGAGUUGAUGGGUUAUUAUGUGCACCGUGGUUAUAGUGGAGGAAAUGAAUUGGAUGACUUAAUUCUCAAUGAUCUAUUCUAUCAUCUGCAAGGAGAGCUUGAAGGUAGACAGAUUGCCCACAGACCAUUCAAGGAGCUGUCAGAAUAUCUGCUAGAGUCAGAUUUUUUGCAAACGUAUCGCCGUAAGCACGAUGAGGACAUUUUCCCUCAAACUGAUGGUGUCUGCUUGUAUGACACUGAUCGUCUGCAAGGGGACAUGGCAAUUGAUUUGUGGGAUAUUUCGGAUUGGAAAGCAUCUAAAGCGGUUGCAGAAGCGCUGUUGCUCUCGUUGCAGAAUGUGAAUUUAAUGGUGUCACUCACAAGAUCCAAGCUUUCAGCUUUAAUAGCUUUGACAACAGCUUUCUCCAUAUCUGACAAUGUUGAUUCAGUUGAGAACGAGGUUAAAACUGCCAGAAAUAUUCCUGAAAAAUUAUUGUCAUCUAGCAUUGACAAUAUAUGCGAGUCUCUCACCCGCACAAUCGAGCUGUUAGUCCCAGUCCCUGAUGCUAGUAAAGACAUAGUUGAAAUUCUUGCAGCUCAAGCAGACCUGCUUUUCCGCUUUACCAGGUCGCUGAAUGCACAAUUGUCUUUAUCUAUGUGCCUUCUCAUAUUAAAAACUGUAGGUUAUGGCCUCAAGGUGUUGAGCAACUGUAGGCCAUUGGCUACUGGUGUCCUUAGUACAAUGAAAAUAUUUCUGGAGCUGAUUCUCUUUUCACUCAAGUCAAGUUGGAAAGAUUCUCGCCUUGGUGUACGAACAGAAAUGGAGCAUAAUGAAGUCUUACCUGAGGCAGCUAAUGCGAGCUUGGGGCUACUACCAUUGCUUUGCAACUGUAUAGAACUUACUGGACACUGCUCCAUCUCUAUGAUUAUUAUCGACCAAGUACUCAAAGGUUUUUCAACACCUGCCACUUGGUUCCCUGUCAUUCAAAAGCAUCUUCCGAUGCAGCAUAUUGUUCUUAAGCUUCAAGACAAAAGCUCUUAUUCAGUCAUUGACAUAAUAUUGAAGUUUCUUUUGACUAUUGCACAUGUGAAGGAAGGUGCUGAGAUGCUUCUGAAUGCUGGUUUCUUUGCAUCAUUAAGAGUAUUGUUAGCUGAUCUAUCUAAUGGUAGACCUCUCUCAGUAGUUGAGAAUGAGAGAAAUCUGGCAAACUCCUUUGAGAAUAAUGAAAGGUCUCCACCCAUUUGGGGACUUAGCUUGGCUGUGGUUACAGCAAUUAUUAACUCUUUAGGAGAAACUUCGAUUUUAAAUGUGGAUCACGUGAUGACUUACUUCUUCUUGGAGAAGGCUGAUCUAAUUUCAUAUUAUCUUAGUGCUCCGGAUUUUCCAUCAGAUGAUCAUGAUAAGAAAAGACCUCGGGCACUCAAACCACAUACUUCAUUGAGUUGUCUUAGAGAGAGUGAAAACACGGUUAUGUUAAUCUGUGUUCUGGCAAAGCACAGGAAUGCCUGGUCUAGGGCCAUGAAAGAAAUGGAGUCACAGUUAAGGGAAAGAUGCAUCCAUUUAUUGGCCUUUAUUAGCUGCGGUACACAGCGUCAUGGGGAAUCGCCAGGAAGAGCUCCCCCCAUCUUUUGUCAUCCUACCCUCCGAGAGGAGUACGAGUGGCACAAAAAGCCAUCAUAUAUCAAUAGCAAAAAGGGCUGGUUUGCUCUUUCUGCUCUUUGCUGCGGUCUAAAUCCCAAAUAUUCAUCUUUUUCGUCAAGAACUGCUAUUGUGAUCAAAGAUCAAACAAAUGAGCAUGCUAAUCUGACUACGCAGUCUCAUUUUUCAGAUGCAAUGUCUAUUCAGAUAUACAGAAUUACCUGUCUUCUGCUCAAGUUUUUAUGUCUACAAGCUGAAGAAGCUGCUGAAAGGGCUGAAGAAGCGGGUUUUGUUGAUCUUGCACGUUUCCCAGAGCUACCAAUGCCUGAUAUCCUUCACUGCUUGCAGGAUCAAGGAAUUUCUAUCAUCACUGAAUUGUGUGAAGCCCACAAGUUGAAGCAGGUUACUUCUGAAAUUCAAGGGGUCUGUAUUCUACUGUUGCAAAUAACAGUAAUGGCAUUGUACCUGGAAUUUUGUGUGAUCCAAAUCUGUGGAAUGAGACCUGUCCAUGGACGUGUUGAGGACUUCUCAAAGGAAUUUCAUGCACUGAGUAAAGCUGCGGAAGGACAUGCAUUUUUAAAAGAAUCUAUGAACUGGUUAAAGCAAAUGGUAUCUUCUGUGUAUCCUGAAUUAUUAUACGCAGAAAAUAUGCUGUGAAAUUCAUGGUGUCUUUGAGCCUCUGUGCAGAUAUGAAGCCUUUUGUCCCAAAAAUGGUCACUGAGGCAGGAAAGUUCCAGUGUAGGUCAUGAUUGUUGACAAUGAUAAAGGGGCAUGAAUUCAACUUAAUAUUUGAAAGGCUGAAAACCAUCGAGAACAAGUAUGGGAAGGAAUGCAAGAUCCUGCUAGGCAAGGGGAUUUAGAGAGAAAUGUGGAAGUACCCCCCCCCCAAACACCCCUCGCCACACGCACACAAAAAUCAUAUUUUUAGGAUACUCGCUGUUGAACACUUUGCAGCAAAGUGUAGCAAUGUAAUAUUUAGCAAUAGAAGUCUUAUGGCGGCAAUAUAGAACAUACAACACAGAAAAACGGCUGAAGAACUCAGUCCAUGUAAAUCUUGACAGUUAUGGUUUGGUUAGUUUCGAUUGAACCUUGCGACUGACAGAUGUGAAGAGGUUUAGAUGAUUUAAGUCAGUAGGUCUCAUCUCUGGUUGGGUGUAAUAUACAUGGCUUGUCAUUUUUGUGACUAUAAUUACUGGUGCUCGUAGUCAAUUGCUCGAGUGAUCAAGACGA